CACCAUUCCCGGCCUGGGUGGGCCACCGGAUAAUGAGCCGUUAGGUUUUAUAAAUAAAAUCCCUCACCGUUUUCUCGCUUGCUGAUUGGUCGCAGCCGGUGGUCGUCAUAGCAACGAGAGUGUUUAAUUGACGUGUGUGGGCCGGACGGACAAUACACACUCUUCGAACAAGAUUGUUUGUUCUUUAUGGGCACCCAUUUAUACCCCCAUCAAAAAGUCCACUUUGACCUAAACCAAACACGCCAUAUGACAUAACAUUCAACAAAAAUCCCUCUUGGCCCCUCCUCCACCACCCCCUUAGCAUCCAAUAAAGUAAGAGAGAAGUUGUUAAAAGGAGAAAAAACAACGGAGGAGGGUGUGCGAAAAGAAUAAAAAAGAAGAAAAGAAAUAACACUUUGGAAGAGAUAGAAAAAGGUCAUACAUUUAAACGAGAAACGCCUAAACGCUUUGCUCAGUUUGAAAAGAGAGAUAAGACACGCUCUUCUCACUGUUCGAAGCACUCCUCACUUUUUUCAUCUCAAUGCGUGAGACUGAUACCUUGGAAAUUAUCAUUUCUCAUUUUGAACUUCGCGGGAUCUGGCAUCAUGGACGAGUGCAGACGAUUUGCUGAUGAUGUUCUAAUAGAAAUUUAUGGAUAAAAAAAAAAGCAAUCAUCCUAGUAUUAGACGGACUACUCUCUUUUUUAUCUUUCUCAUCUCGUGAGCUUAUUAGCUGAUACUGUACAAUUAAUCAGUUCUUACCUUAAGACUUCACCGUUUCAGGCUAAAUGACCGAAAACAUACAAUUAGCUGCUCAUGAGAAUUUAUAUAUGUAAAAAGAAUAUACUUUCAGUGUUAAGAGUUAUGCUCUUUUUUCAUCGCAAGAUUUCGAUACGUAAAGCUUUAGAAAAUGUUGUUUGAGACUUCACUAAAUCUGGAAUAGUGCUGACAACUACUUGAUGAAGCGCAAACAAUACGAAAUAAUAAUAGUACUAUUUAUAUAUAAUACAGCAAACGUCAGCAAAUGUGCACAAAAUAUGUGUAUUUCUAAUGAACUUUCUGCAAAAGGAACAAGUGUCUCAACAAAGUUGUAUAUUGACUAGUCAACAAUAAUAAUACAAAGUCAACUUCUCAUAAAAAAGUAAAAUAAUAUGAAAUAUAAAUUAGUACCGAUAAUUUCUUACUAAUUUUUGGCAGCAUAAAAUACGAAUAUAAUCUAUAAUUAUAUUCAGUUACAACCUUUUAGAGGAACAAACAACAAGGAAAAGAAAGAAAAGAAUAAGUUGAUAUCUGGAUAAUAAUGGAUUUUCUGCAAGGAAAACAGUCUCCUUAACAAAGCUGCAUUAAAAGUUUAUUGAAUAUUUAAAGCAGAUAAUAAAUGAAUUCGCUCAGAAAAAUAUUUGGAAAUCUCAAAAAUAAGAUAGAGAAAUAAAGGACAAAAAAAAAAACAAGUUAUUAACCCAAAGUGACAAAGUUAUGACUAAUUCUCUGUAACUAGUUUACUAAUGUUAUUUCAUCUUUGGAAGAACUGCAAUCAUUUGUUCAACAAAAGUCUUAUCGGAGUGAGAAGAUAAAAAGACAUCUACUUAUCCCGGUAUGAUAAUAGGAUAAUCAUAACAUAGUCUUCACGGGUAGGAGAAAAUCGCUUCUCCGGGGGAAAUAGAACAUAAACAAUACUAGUUCUUUAACAAGGAGAAAAGCUAGGAAAUAACCAGAUGUCCAGUGCUACUUUUCCGAAACAAGAACUCCGGAAAUCUGCCUGGAGCGCCAACUUCUUUUCCCGAGUCCAACCCAAUCAAAUUGUGAUUGAUAUGUUUUUGUAACAAAGACCGUGUGAAAGGAAACACUGAAUAGUGGUUGUACAACCCUUGUCGGCUCGGGGGAUAAGGUUUAUUUUACUCCGGAGUGUCCUCCUGCUGUUGAAUCUCAAAAUACUGGAGAAGGAAAGGAAUAGAGGGGUGCUCGAACCUUCAGGCACUCCAUACACACUCUACAGACAUUCUCUUGUUCUUGGUUGGCUGAAAAGAUCAGUUGGUAAUUUCACAGAUCGGCUGAUCCAGGAUCGCCGGGAGUAAAGGGUGAUGCAAUACUAGAAGUGGAAGAUAGUGUGAAGAGAAAAGUUUUGGUGGAUAUAUAAACUGUUUUCGGGAACAAAGUCUUCGAAGAGUCGUCUGCUGACUCUGUGCACGAGACAGGCACCUGUUAGACACUGAUUUAACUUCUUUUAAUGAAAUCUCAAACAUAAUAGAACUUUUUCGAACUGUGGUGUGAGACUGACUUAUUAAGAAUUAUUGACAUUCCAGAACUAUGGCAAACCGAUAUUUUCCGAUUUUUGCCGAUCCUAGAAACUUUGUGUACAAUCCUGGGAUGCUUUAUACUCAUAGAGCAACAGAGGGAGUGCUCUCAGGGUACCGGCACCUGCCCGGAUAUGAGAUGGGGAGGAUACUUGCACCAUCCCAAACAAAUCCUAUUCACGAAGCUGGUAGAGCGGAACCACCACCGCAGAAGCCUCCUUAUUCUUAUAUAGCCUUAAUCGCUAUGGCGAUUAGAAAUUCACCUGACAACCGAAUUACAUUGGAUGGCAUAUAUAAGUUCAUAAUGGACAGGUUUCCAUAUUAUCAUGACAAUAAACAGGGCUGGCAAAACUCCAUUCGCCAUAAUCUCAGUUUAAACGAUUGUUUCCUGAAAGUGCCGAGAGAAAAAGGUAAACCCGGAAAAGGUAGUUAUUGGACUUUAAAAAACAACGGUGAAGAAAUGUUUGAAAAUGGAAAUUUCCGCAGACGGAAACGUAGAACUAAAAUGGCUCAAUCAAAAUCGAUCGAAUCUCACUCGACCACAAUAGUCGAUCAAUAUCAAACCAAAUCGAACAGUUUGAAUUGCCCAAAAAGUGAAAAGAAGCUCCAUUCCAAGACAUCUUCUAAACACCUCAAUACUCCUAUCAGACCUGGUGUUAUCGUUAAUCAAUCAAUCUCAAAGAACAAAGUUCUAGAAGACAUUGACAAUGGUCUAUGCAUGACCACAAGAACUGAUGCUAGGGAUAAAACGAGUCCACCUUUAACGCCAAAAGCUGCCAAUUUCACGAUUGAGAGAUUAAUUGGUAGUUCCACAGAAGAGAAAAAAGAGAACGAUUCAUCUCAAAGUGAGCAAAACAAUGAGAUUGAAUCUUCAAAAACAAUCAACCAAUUAGAGGAAAGUACUAGUCUAAUGUCUCCUUUGAUGUAUCAUCAGCUAAUGCUGUUAAAUAAGGACAAGCACAUAUCGAGUCAUUUACCUUUGUCUUUAGCAUCUCAACACUCGGUGUUAUAUUCUCACGUGAACUUGCUUAACAAUAAAAUUAUUCCAUCUUAUGCAAGUACAAUAGGUCUAUCAUGGCCUUCCAUUCCUAUUCUAAAUGGACUAGCAGACUCUGUUAGCAACGCACAAGGAUCUUUUAUCACCCCAUGGUUAAAUAUAUCAUCUGCGAACAAAGCUAUAUGGGCCGGGCCUUCAUCAGAUAGUUUUUCUCCCAUUGACAGAGAUCGUUGGUGAGAAUAAUUCUUUUAUCGCCAAAAUACUUGCAUGGUGUACAGCAUUUGGACUGCUAUUUAUGAACUUUAAUUCAUAUAGUCAGCUCAGUUUGAGCUAGAACUAAUUGCAUUUUGCUGGAAGAGUUAACUGAUAAAAAGUAAGAACUCAAAAACAAUUCAAUGUCUGAGUAGAUAGGUUUAAAAUUACAUUUUGGAGUGAAUUGAACCAUAAUAUCUUUACUACCUUAAUAGUGAGCUAAGUUAAACUGAAACUUUAUUACAUAAUACUAAUGUCUGACAUGGUUAAAUUGAUUACUAGUUAAAGUGGCAAAAAUAUGUACUGUAUUUCUGCUUGAGAUACUGAUAUUAUAGCUCCAAUUUUUCUGACAAUGUAUUAAAGUUUAAAAAGCAAGAAGCCCAUUUUUAAGAUUGAAAUUAUCAGCUCAAUAUUCCCAGCAAAAUUGAUAUAUGUUUACAUUUUCUUGAACCAAAGCUCUACUUCUUAAAAUAAAACCUUACAUGUUGAAAUAAAAGAAAAAUAUAAAAAAAAUUAUUAAUAUCGUGUUAAAAAAGAUACGAACUUAUUACAAAUAUUGAUGAAAUUCAAAUAAAUACUUCUUUUGUUAGUUUGGUACAUGUUUCCUUACUUUAUACGCACUACGUUUUAAGUUAAACAUUUUAGUUAGUUUCUUAAAAUGUUUAUAAACGUAAAUAUUUCAUGGCUAUCGUUGUUGAAUAUUUUUUUUCAUAUAACCUCGACUGAAAAAUUUGGAAUUUAUCUCUUUUUUAAAAUACUUAAAAAUUGUUUUAAAGAUGCUUUUGAUCAAAAAAGAUCUAAAUUCAGCUAAUCACUUACUAAUCAGUUCGGAAUUUAGAUGUGAAAAAAAAUUUUUACUCUUCAAGUUUGAAAAUUUAAUGCUUUAAAAAUUUAGAUUUUGAAAAAAUUUAACAGCAUUAUAUAGUUUCCUCUAAAUAAAAGUUAAACGUUAUUUGAUAGUAUCAUUUUAACGUAUUUAAAACUCGCAAUUUCUGAACAUACUUUAUUUAGUCUUUGGGAUUAAAUGAUUAAAUAUAAAUAUUGUUCUAAAAUAUAUACUAGACUUUAAAAGCAUUUUACCAAGAAAUUUUUUAAUUAAAA